GGACAGAGCGGCCCGGUCGCCGGCAUGGUUUCUCCGUCCUGCUGCAGCCGGCGGGAGGCAGCCAGUCCAGGCGCCCGCUAGCUUCGGCGGCGACCCAGACGCGGAAAGCGGAAGGAAUGUCGCGUGGCUGGAGUGCAAUGGCGUGAUCUUGGCUCACUGCAGCCUCCACCUCCCGGAUUCAAGCGAUUCUCCUGCCUCAACCUCCAGAGCAGCUGUGAUUAUAGCAAGCAGGCAGCUGGUGUGGAAGAAUGGCGGUGAGCCAUUCAGUGAAGGAGCGGACCAUCUCUGAGAACAGCCUCAUCAUCCUACUGCAGGGCCUCCAGGGCCGGGUAACCACUGUGGACCUGCGGGAUGAGAGCGUGGCCCACGGACGCAUAGACAAUGUCGAUGCUUUCAUGAACAUCCGCCUGGCCAAAGUCACCUACACGGACCGUUGGGGGCAUCAGGUCAAGCUGGAUGACCUCUUUGUGACAGGCCGCAAUGUCCGCUACGUCCACAUCCCAGAUGACGUGAACAUCACCUCGACCAUUGAGCAGCAGCUGCAGAUUAUCCAUCGGGUGCGAAACUUUGGUGGCAAGGGCCAAGGCCGGUGGGAAUUUCCCCCAAAAAACUGUAAGUGAGGCCCUCAGCAAGCCCUGGCCCCAACUCGGAGUCCUCCAGUGAUCUCCGGAGCCAGCUCCCUGCCCUCACACCCUGUCUGGAACCCGAGAAGAAAGCAGGGCCAGGCCAGAAGCUGGUGUCCAACAGACACCACCUGUCAAAGCUGCCUUUCACAGGGUUCCACCUCCCAGACUCACUCUGGGACCCAGAAUCCUAUCUGUGGCCUUGGGGUAGGUGACAAUCCCCCUUUUUGAUGAUCUGAAUCUCUGACUUAUUGAUUAUGGAACCUGUCAAGUAGUUUUCAACUCUCCCAGUGAGGAUAAUUAAACAUGCUCAGCCUGAGCCACCUCUAAGUGUC